GGUUGUGAAACUAUACAUCAUGCUCCACCUGUAGACCCCCCAGCAGAGCCAUCAGAUCCUGGUUUUAAAACACCUGCAACAAAGGGCACAGUACUUUUCUAUUAUUCCCAGCAAUGGCUUUAUUCCCAGUGGUGGUGUUUCUGACUGCUGUGCUGCUUCCAUCCUUACCUGCAGAAAAAAAGGAUCCAGCCUUUUCUUCUUUGUUAACCUCUCAAGCGCAAAUACAAAGAGAAAUUGUAAAUAAACACAAUGAAUUAAGGAAAUCAGUCUCUCCACCUGCCAGCAACAUGCUCAAGAUGGAAUGGAGCACAGAAGCAACAGCAAAUGCCCAAAAAUGGGCAAACAAGUGCACUUUACAACACAGUAAUGCAGAGGACCGAAAAACCAGUACAAAAUGUGGUGAGAAUCUCUUCAUGUCUACUGACCCUACUGCCUGGUCCAAUGCAAUCCAAAACUGGUAUGAUGAGAGCCAAAAUUUUGUCUACGGUGUAGGACCAAAGAGUUCCAGUGCAGUUGUUGGACAUUAUACCCAGGUUGUUUGGUACUCAUCUUACCGUGUUGGAUGUGGAGUUGCCUUUUGUCCCAAUCAAGACAGUCUAAAAUACUACUAUGUCUGCCAGUAUUGUCCUGCUGGUAAUAACGUAAGUAAAAAGAACACCCCUUACCAACAAGGAACACCCUGUGCCAGUUGCCCUGGUAACUGUGACAACGGACUGUGCACCAAUAGUUGCCAGUAUGAAGAUCUCCUCAGCAACUGCGAUUCUUUGAAGAAAACAGCUGGAUGUGGACAUGAAUUGCUCAAGGAAAAGUGCAAGGCCACUUGCCAGUGUGAGAACAAAAUUUACUGAAAUACUCAACGUACGAUGUGCAAGACUAAGUGGAGGAGGGCUGCAUCAUUUAGUUGACACAUCCCAGAGGGGAAAUUGUAGGCAUGUUAGUUACAAAUUUGACUCCAAAAGGUAAUGGAUCUUUUUUUCUUAGAUCUUCACAGAAAGCUCUUUCACACAUGGAUUUACAAAAGCAGCAUAGUCUAUAAUGGCAACUUUGGACUUUGAGAUAAACUUGGUACUUUAAACAUAAUGAAUCAAAUCAAGUUGAAGAUUUUUAAAGUUUUAUAACCACAGGAUUUAGAUCACUAGAGUUUUGGACUAAAACGAAGAAUCAUGUUUCCUGAAACAACUUAAAAAAAAAACCAGUAACAUCAUUGUCUUUCCUACUACAUGAUUUUUAAAUGUAUUGUAUAAAGAAUGAGUUCAAAGAGUAACAUCUACCUUUGUCUUAUGGCCUCCUUUUUAAA